AUGCGCUCGUCAUGGGCUGAUUCUAUUGCUGGAGAUGAGUACCUUCCUGCUUUUAACCGGCUAGUCGGUGAUAUUAAUUCUUAUGAGAAGAAGCUGGGUUCUGGUGUUAGUUAUGGCAAGUCUAUGCAUGCUGAAUUUGUUUCUUCCACUAAAUUAAAGCAAGCUACCAGUCACAAUAAUUAUGGUGACAAAUUAUCUGCUUGUGCUCGCAGUUCUCUUUGUCCCAAGAAAAUGUGUGUGGCAGCAAAGGAAAGUCAAUAUGUUGAUACUCAGAAGUGCAUGGUGCCUAUCAAACAGUUGGAUUCUACUAAUCAAUAUAGCAAGCCUCUCAAUAUAGGACAAACUUCUUCUCCGAAAGAAAGUAUGACGCAAGCUGCUAGUCAUUUUUCUGUAAUUUUGUCUCCUCCAACAGCACAUAAAGAGGUUCCCGUUCCUGCUGAUGGUGUGAAGGAAGGAGACUCCACUGACCAGGAAAUGAAAGGUAGUAAUCGUGACAUCCCUGUUGCUGGAGACGAUACUAUGGUGAUGCUCUGGAGGGAGAAAAUGAUAUAG